AUGAGAAAUACAUCAGUGACAGACUUUAUCCUCCUGGGUUUAACAGACAAUCCAGAACUCCAAGUUGUGAUUUUCUUCUUUCUAUUUCUCAUGUAUGUACUGAGUAUUACUGGAAAUCGAGGUAUAAUCACCCUUACUCUGUUGGAUUCCCACCUGAAGACCCCCAUGUAUUUCUUCCUCAGGAAUUUUUCCCUCUUGGAAAUUUCAUUUACUUCUGUCUGUAACCCUAGGUUGUUGAUCAGUAUCAUAACUGGGAACAAAUCUAUUUCCUACAAUACUUGCGCAGCUCAGCUCUUUUUCUUUAUCUUCCUUGGCUCAAAAGAGUUUUUUCUCCUGGCUUCUAUGUCCUAUGAUUGCUAUGUGGCUAUUGGCAAGCUUCUACAUUAUACAACCAUCGUGAGAAACAAGAUCUGUUACCAGCUCAUCAUCAACUCCUGGCUGGCUGGAUUCUUGGUAAUUUUCCCACCACUGGCCAUGGGAUUGCAGCUAGAUUUCUGUGAUUCCAACAUCACUGACCAUUUUACUUGUGACUCUGCUCCUUUGUUGAAAAUCUCUUGCACAGGCACAAGUACCAUAGAGCUCAUGAACUUUGUUUUAGCUUUGUUCACACUUAUGACCACCUUGACACUAAUAAUUCUCUCCUAUACGUACAUCCUCAGAACAAUUCUGAAAAUCCCCUCAGAUCAACAAAGAAAAAAGGCCUUCUCAACCUGUUCUUUACAUGUGAUUGUUGUCUCCAUCUCCUAUGGAAGCUGCAUCUUCAUGUAUGUGAAAACAUCAGCAAAGGAAGGAGCAGCUAUGCUCAAUACCUCUGUCACUCUUAUGCUGAAUCCAUUUAUUUACACUCUAAGAAACCAGCAGGUGAAACAAGCAUUUAAGGAUGUUGUGAGAAGGAUACUUGCCUCAAAAACAUUGAUUUGA